GAGGGCUCGCGGUGUCGCCUCCGUUGCUAGGAUCUCCUAAGGGCCCCUUUCCUUUCCCAGCCAAAUGCCGUUGCCGCCAACGGCGGUCUCUCCGGCGCGGGUGUUCGCUGAGUUGGUAUCCUCGCCCAAAGACGAUGAGCCGCCCAGAGCCGCCGAAGGAGGGCCGUUUGGGAGGGAAGUUCACGUGAACGGCAGCGCAGAACUCAGCGCCGGACCAGAUCGGGCCAAAGUCACGGUUUAUUUGAGAAGCAGGAAAGGAGAAGCCGGCGCAGCGCGCGGCAGCGUCACUCGCAGACUUGAUUACGUCACCCAGACGGUUCGGCAGCGCGGCGGCAUCUCGGAAAAUGAUGUGACUGUGACAAAAAACUUCAGUAGAAUAGAGAAUGCGUAUAAGAUGGAAGCUGAGGUCUGCAUUAUAUUUACUGAUUUUGGGAAAAUGCAAGAUACAUGUAAUCACCUUGUUGAGAAACUAGAUAAAUCUGUUAUCAUCAGCUCACCUCACUUUUACCACACGAUGGAGGCUGUAGAUACCCUUCGGAGGCAGGUAUGCGUUUCUGCUGUUAGAAGUGCUCAGCAAAAAGCUCAAGAAGUUUGUCAAUUGUUUGGACACUCCGUAGGGAAACCUCUGCUAAUCAAGGAAGAGGAGGUAAAGGAGUCAGAAGGUCAUCUUGAAGAUCAUACAGACAAUUCUCCAGAUUUAUUCAGUUUUCAGCAGAAACUCCAAAGUGCCACUAUCCACAUUUCUUCAAGGGUAUUUGCUAUUUUUGAAAUAAAGGGAGAGAAGAGGAAGAAGGCUGCUCUGAUAAAAGGGAACUAAUUAACCUCUGAAACCAUUAAUUAGACUUUGUUUUUCCUUUAUGAAGAAGAAUGUACUCAGGAAGCUCAACUUGAUUUUCCAUAGUCUUAAAUUUAAAAUUAUAGUUGAAGUAGAAACUCCUUCUAUUGAA